AUGCGUUACGCUUUCUGUGCCCUGGCCCUCACGGCCGCAACUAUGGCCGUCCCGGUGUCUGUGACUACCGGAGCCUCCUCCCACCCCGGAAACCAAGCCGCUCCUCGCGUGGAGGCCCGAACUUUCGGUCUCCUUUCCGGCCUGCUCGGAGGCCACGGCGGUGCCGGUGCCAAUGCUGAUCUUGGUGCCCACCUGGGUGCUGGCCUUGGUGCUGGCCUUGGAGCCGGAGCCGGAGGCAAGGGUGGUGCUGGCGUCGGUGCCAACGUGGGUGGUGACGCUGACGUUGGUGGUAGCGCUGGCCUUGGAGCCGGAGCCGGAGCCGGUGGCAAUGGCGGUGCUGGCGUCGGUGCCGACGUGGGUGGUGACGCUGAUGUUGGCGGUAGCGCUGGCCUCGGAGCCGGUGCUGGCGCUGGAGCCGACGGUGAAGACUGCGACGAGGACGGCGCUGGCGCCGGUGUUGGUGCUGAUGUUGGAGGUAGCGGUGAUGCUGGUGCUGACGUUGGCGCUGGUGGCAGCGGCAGCGGCGGUGCCGGUGUUGGAGCCGAUGUCGGUGGCAGCGGUGAUGUCGGCGGUGAUGUCGGCGCUGGUGGCAGCGGUAGCGGUGGUGCCGGUGUUGGAGCUGAUGUCGGUGGAUCCGGCAGCGCUGGCGCUGAUGUUGGCGCUGGCCUUGGUGGAAACGGUGGUGCUGGUGCCGGCGUCGGUGCUGACGUCGGUGGCAGCGGUGAUGUCGGCGCUGAUGUCGGCGCUGGUGGCAGCGGCAGCGGUGGUGCCGGUGUUGGAGCUGAUGUCGGUGGAUCCGGCAGCGCUGGCGCCGAUGUUGGUGCUGGCCUUGGUGGCAGUGGCAGCGGCAGCGGCAGCGGUGGCGCCGGCGUUGGUGCUGAUGUUGGUGGAAGCGGCAGCGCCAGUGGUGGUGUUGGUGCCGGAAUUGGUGGCGGUCCUUCUCCCAGCGGAGGUGCUCCCUCUCCCAGCGGAGGUGCUCCCUCUCCCAGCGGAGGUGCUCCCUCUCCCAGCGGAGGUGCUCCUUCUCCCUCCGGUGUUAGCCCUUCUGGCUCUUCUCCCGACACUUCCUCUCCCGACACUUCCUCUCCCGACACUUCCUCUCCCGACACUUCUUCUCCCGAUACCUCUUCGCCCAGCCCUAGCGGUGGUGCUUCCGGCGGUGCUUCCGGCUCCGGUGACAUCUCUGGCGGGGCCUCCGGCGGUGCUUCUGGAAGCGCUUCUGGCAGCGGCAGUGGCAGCGCUAGCGGCUCUUCUUCCGGCACCCCUACCUCCGGCGCUCCCGGCAGCUACAGCAGCUCCAGCAGCUGGGGUAGCUCUUCCUCUAGCUCUGCUUCCAGCUCUUCCUCUUCCAACUCCAACGGCCACUCCUCGUCCUCGGUCACCAUCAACGGCCAGCCCGUCUCCGGCACCUCUGCUUCGAUCGAGUGCACGUACGAGAACGGCUCCAAGGACUGCGAGGAGCAGCACGACGGCCAGCCCGCUGGAUCUGACGACUCCCCCGACUCCGGUGACGACGACGAGGAGUGCGAGUGUGAGGAGGACAACUAG